UCGAUUGUUUGGACGCUUGCAUUAAUGUGAGGGAAAAAAAUUAGCCUCUGGAUUUCUAGCCUCAAGGCUUUUAAUGGAAGGAUACUGUUACAGAAGAAAUAAUGGGCUGCGGUCAGCAGAUGAACAUCAUUAUGCUGUUGAAGCCAAGAAAAUUAAACAACAUACUUAAUAAGAGAAAAGAACAUAAAUAAAAGCUGGAACUGAACACAGUUUUUUUUCUUUUGAAUAUCAAACAGAUUUUAUUCUGCUUUCUUUGCUCCUCCACUAAUUUGAUUUCAGCCAGUUUCUUCACAUCUUGUAUUUAAAUACUUACACCAAUAGGACUGAUCAUGCAAGAAAAUGUGAGCUCCAGAAUGGACACCCCCACCAACAUCUCCCUGGUGGGAAGCGGGGACGCUGUGUCUGAGUCCCUGGAGUAUAAGACAGUAUCUGUGUUCCUGGUGCUGCUGGUGUGUGGUGUGGGAAUUGUAGGAAACGUCAUGGUCGUGCUGGUGGUUCUUACCACACGGCACAUGCGUACACCCACCAACUGCUAUCUGGUGAGCUUGGCCGUGGCAGACCUGAUGGUCCUGGUGGCCGCGGGUCUGCCGAACAUAUCUGAGAGCUUGAUGGCAACCUGGGUGUACGGGCAUGCUGGGUGCUUGGGUAUCACCUACUUUCAGUACCUUGGUAUUAAUGUGUCCUCCUGUUCGAUCACAGCCUUCACUGUGGAGAGAUACAUUGCCAUAUGUCACCCAAUGAGGGCUCAAACUGUCUGUACGGUAUCCCGAGCCAAACGCAUCAUUGCCGGGGUGUGGGCUUUCACCUGUGUUUACUGUAUGCUCUGGCUGUUCCUGGUGGACAUCCAGGUGAACCCUGAUGGUCGUGUGCAGUGCGGCUACCGCGUCUCUCGAGACCUCUACCUGCCCAUCUACCUGAUCGACUUUGCCAUCUUCUAUGUGAUCCCACUGCUUCUGGCCAUCGCUCUUUACGGUCUCAUCGCUCGAAUCCUUUACCUGAAUCCUCUGCCCCACACACCAGACUCGGGUACCAUAACCGUCCCCACUCUCAGGAGGAGCUGCAAAGAACCAGCAGAUGCCGGAAAAGCGAGGCGUCAAGGACGCCCGAAGAGUGCAAUUUCUACCCGGAAACAGGUCACUAAGAUGCUUGCAGUGGUGGUUGUGCUCUUCGCCCUGCUGUGGAUGCCGUAUAGGACCCUGGUUCUCAUUAACUCCUUUGUGAGCACACCAUACCUUGAUGCCUGGUUCCUACUCUUCUGCAGAACUUGCAUUUAUGCCAACAGUGCAAUCAACCCUGUCGUUUACAACCUAAUGUCCCAGAAGUUUCGCUCUGCCUUCCGUGGGCUGUACCGCUGCCAUAGGGAAGACGUGCACCAGCGGACGCUCUCCAUGCUCCAGUGUGGAUGCAGCAUUGGAAGGGACCCCCGACUUUGCAGUAACACCAACGGCACACCUAAGAAAAUCGGUUUAGUCACUCCUGAGCAGAAACCAAACAAAGGCAUCGAGAUCCGCAAGGAAAAUAUGAAUAAGCUAAUUAGUGAUGGUGUAAAAAAUGAGACUGAGCCAAGCUUCAAGAGACAAACAGUUGAAAACGGCAACAUAGAUGAAUUGAAAAGCUCAGUUGACAAGGAGAUACCUACAGUGGAGAACGUGGACAUGAGCAAGAUUAAUGAUAAUGGGAAUAUAAUGGAGGAAAGCGAUAAUACAGCUCAGGAUAUCAUCGCUGACGUAAGCUACAUGGAGCAGACACAGCUAGUCGCCGGUGAAUUCAAAUCUACUCUGGGAGAAGCUGAACAGAAUGAAACUGGGUUAAAUCACAGCAUUGUAUAGAUCAUUCCACUACAGACUGUAUAUAUUUCAUUGAAGUGGCAGGGUUGAACAGUAGAGCCUGGUUGUUCAUUUUAAAACCAGAUCUUUGAAUUCGAAACUUGUAUUUACAGGCGUCAUCCUCACUCUCCAGUGGAAGUGGCAAGACUGGAGCAAGAAGUGGAACCAUUUGGCUGUCAGCAUCACAUGCCUUCUAGAGCUCAACACAACUUUUAAAAUAUGAACUAAUUUUAAAACAGGCAUUUCUUGCUGACUUUGUAAAAGGCUAUAGAUAAAUUUAACAACAUAUGCUAAAUUACUUAGGGUCAUAUGCUACCAGACUUUCAAGAAAUUUUGAAUAAAAGAAACACAUGCAGAAACAUGUGCCUCAUUGCUAGGAGAUGCAUGGCAAAAUUAAACAAUAUGUGUUUUAAAGUCAGCUCAAAAUAUCAAGCAUGUUUGAUAUCCUUCAAUGGAACUAUCACUGACUGCAAGUGCAAAAAUCUGGGGAAGGAAUAAUGUAGUGUAUUCAUACUGGGCUUUUGCUUCAAUGGAUAGUACAUUCAAAAGAAAUCUUUAAAAAAAAUUAUUGUUUAAAGUCAGCAUGAAAUGGAAAUGUAUCAUAUCUACAUUGUAAGUAUAUCUUAUUGUGAAUGAUUCAUCCAUACAUGCUUAUUUAUUUAUAUUUAACCUCAUAAUUGUUCAUCGAUCUUUCAGUGAAAUGCCAGACUUCUCCACAAUCAU